UGACAGAGUGUGCCUGGCUAUCCCUGGACUUCUGUUUGAAGGCUAACACAGGUCCAAACCAAGAUGGGGGACAAGACUCAGAACCUGCCUGACAUGUGGAUGCCCCCAACAGCAGGGGGAAAAGAUGAAGAAUCUGAACUUCAAAGCAACAGGCUGCUCUGCUGCUCAAGAACCAAGCUCAGAGAGGCUGAUUUGCCAGGGUCAGAAUGUGAAGCCUGGCUGCACAGAGUCCAAGCUUUGAAGCCGGAUAAAUGUUGGAAGAAAUGUGCCUCAGAGUUGGGCUUCCCAAACUUGAACCUUUGCUGCUGCCAGGGCGUGCAGGGCCCGGCCGCCGCCAUGUCGGGCCCGUUCGAGCUCUCGGUGCAGGAUCUCAACGACCUGCUGUCGGACGGCAGCGGCUGCUACAGCCUACCGAGCCAGCCUUGCAACGAGGUCACCCCCAGGAUCUACGUGGGCAACGCGUCUGUGGCUCAAGACAUCCCAAAGCUGCAGAAACUAGGCAUCACGCACGUGCUGAAUGCCGCCGAGGGUAGGUCCUUCAUGCACGUCAACACCAAUGCCAACUUCUACAAGGACUCCGGCAUCACCUACCUGGGCAUCAAGGCCAACGACACUCAGGAGUUCAACCUCAGCGCCUACUUUGAAAGGGCUGCAGACUUCAUCGACCAGGCCUUGGCUCAAAAGAAUGGCCGGGUCCUCGUCCACUGCCGGGAAGGUUACAGCCGCUCUCCAACCCUAGUUAUCGCCUACCUCAUGAUGCGUCAGAAGAUGGACGUCAAGUCUGCCCUGAGCAUCGUGAGGCAGAACCGUGAGAUCGGCCCCAACGAUGGUUUCCUGGCCCAGCUGUGCCAGCUCAAUGACAAACUUGUCAAGGAGGGGAAGUUGAAACUCUAGGGCACCCCCUCGGCCUCUUCUCUAGAGGCAGGCUGGGGAGGCCCUGGUCGAGGUGUCCGAAGCCACCAUGUUUAGGAAACACAGUGUACCCUGCUCCCAGCAUCACCAGGCACUUGCCCACAAGUCUGUCCCAACACAGCCCUGGGCCACUUUCCCCCUGGGGAGCACAUAAACAAGCUUGCUAAGGAAGGCAUUGUCGCUCCCUGGUGUGUCCUGUGCCUGUAGUUUAUGAUGUCCUCUCCCUGAGGUGGGGGCGCAGAGGGGGAAGGCCUGUGACGUGCAUGCUUCUCCUGGAUGACCCAAGGCAGGAGGUCUGUGGCAGUGAAAGGCUCGAGAUGCCCCCAGGGGCCCUUCCUGACCUCUGUUGCCCCCUGCCUCCCUCCCCCGCUCCCUGCCAUGCACCCUGGGUCCUCUCCUGAGUGGGGACCGCAGCACCUCGAGCCCUGUAAGGGAACUAUGCAAACACAGGCCCCUCUCUCCCCACCCUGCCUGCCUCCUCCUCACAUAUCCCAGCUGUUCAUAGGCAGAGGCUCGCAUUUUGAGGGCUGAAGCUGGCCCCCGCUGGCCAGCAGUUGAUAGUGGGUGGAAAUUCCCAUGAAGAGACUGCAUUUUAAGUAUUUCAGUAGGAUUAAAGAUACCCAAACAAAGAGGCCGUCAGGUGGGCAGACAUUCCUCUGUAGGACUCCUGUCAGUCCACAGUAUCUAGAAUGCCACAAUCUUUGGCAGGCUUGCAUUCAGAAUCCGCUGCUUUGGAAUAUCUCUCCUGGACCGCUGCUCUCAGUCACUUGGAUUGUUAGAAGAGUGAUGUCUUGGGCAUGGUUUUAUUUUAUAUUAUUAUUAUUAUUUUCUGAGAAAACAGGGUGUUGAAGUUCCAGCCUAUUUAAAACCCCCACCAUUUGAAGAAUUAUAAAGGUUUUGUCCUGAAUUAUAGCGUGGGCGAGCUCGAGCUACUCAUGCCAACUGCUUUUUGUCUCUGUUGCUAUUCCAAGGACAGAAGGAGGAAGUUGGCCAAUUACAGGGUGCGUGUGUGGGUGUAGAGGGGGGUGUGUGUCUCAGAAACACAGCCAGAGGAUGGAGGAGCAGGCUUUCACCCCGCCUACUUCUAGGUGGGUCUUAGGGCUCUGUGGUGCCAAGAACGAUCCCGGAGCCCUUGGAGCAAAAGUGAGUCAGCCAGGCCAAAAUGAAACACAGCGGAGCCUCCAAGUGGAGACUGGUUGUAGAGCAAACAAACAAAACAGAGCCACCUUUUUUUAGGACUAAGCAUAAGGAUGAUGCUUUCUCGUGUGCACACAUGUGUCAGAAUAUAGGAGUUUUAUUUUGAAAACAGUCUUGUUAGGACUUUGAGUGAUUGUUGCCAUGGAAAGGGAUGCAUUCCUGUCGUCUUCAGGUUCCCCGAAAGCAGAGAGGUGGUCCUCAGCCAUACCUGCCGCCCCCGCCCCCAGCUCCUCGCACACAGAGAUCUAGAAAAGUUCGCAGAAUUUAACUUUUUCUUAUUGUUUCUGAGCCCCAGACCCAUGCAGGGUGAUGUUCUGGCGGGUGUUAUCAAGCUCCCAGAAACCUGAAUUUGUGGUAGGAUCCCUUGCAAGGAUUUGCAGAAGGAGUCUUACCAGAAG